AAAUAACAAUUCUGAUUGAACCUUAGCUAGCUUUUUGUAGUGCAACUAACAAUGAAAACUCCAUUCCUUCAAUACCUUUCCUUCAUAUCCUUGCUACAACUAAUAAUAAUAUCAGUAGGGGGCUUCAACAAUAUCAAAGUGGUGGCAGCCGCCCAAGGCCAAUGCAUGAGCGAUCAGAAAAUAUUGUUGUUGCAGUUGCAGAGCAGCCUGGAGUUCAACUCAACCGCUUCAACCAAGCUUGCAAGCUGGAACCACAGCACAGGCGAUUGUUGUGAUUGGCCUGGAGUGGAAUGCGACACCUCAGGUCAUGUCAUCACCUUGAUUCUCGACAAUGAAGCCAUUACAGGUGGUCUUGACGAGUCAAGCCCUCUAUUCAGUCUUCAAUACUUUCAGACCCUAAAUUUGGCUUUCAACAGAUUCAUAUCUGACAUUCCAGUUCAGAUCUAUAAUCUUACCAACCUGAAAUAUCUCAAUUUGUCACAUGCUAAUUUUGGGCAGGUCCCAAAUGGAAUAUCAAGACUCACAAGGUUGGUAACUCUUGAUCUCUCAAUCUUCGAUGAAUUAGAUCAGACACUUACACUUGAGAAUCCAAAUCUAAAGCAAUUCUUUAAGAACUCGACUCAACUCAGACACAUUUAUCUUGAUGGUGUUGAUCUUUCCACUAGAGUACCAAAAUUCUUCUCCAAUUUCUCUAACUUGAAGACCUUGAGCCUUAGUGGUUGUAACUUGCAUGGAGAAUUUCCAAGAGAGAUAUUUCUGAUACAAGGUUUACAGGAAUUGAUUGUGGGAUACAAUGAGAACCUUCGUGGCAGAUUCCCAUCAUUUCCUGAGAAUGGAUCACUUAGGAUGAUCUCAGUAGCUGACACUCAAUUUUCUGGUUCCUUGCCACCAUCCAUUAGUAAUCUUAGCAACCUGUCCUGGAUAGAUCUCAACCGCUGCAAAUUAAGUGGAUCAAUUCCCUCUACAAUGGCACAACUUAAGAGUCUUGCUUAUGUCGAUUUCUCGAAUAACAACUUCACUGGCUCAAUCCCGCAUUUUCUACACUCAAAGAAUCUUACUUACAUAAACUUGUCUCAAAAUGGCUUGACAGGUACACUUUCUUCUAAACAUUUUGAAGGCCUUCCAAAAAUUGUGAAUAUACAUUUAGGGUCAAAUUUUUUGUUUGGAAGAAUCCCCCCAUCUCUGUUUUCACUUCCAUCAUUGCAGUGGCUAGAUCUUUCCAACAAUUCAUUUGAUGGUCUUGUUGAUGAAUAUGUGAAUGUAUCUACCUCACAAUUGGAAAUUCUCGAUUUGAGUCAUAAUCGUCUAAAUGGAUCAUUACCAAAGUACUUCUUUGAAUUUCCAAAUCUGAGUGAGCUGUUACUUUCUUCCAACUCCUUAAGUGGAAGGAUACAAUCAUCUCUGUUUUCACUUCCAUCAUUGCAAACACUAGAUCUUUUCAACAAUUCAUUUGAUGGUCUUGUUGAUGAAUAUGUGAAUGUAUCUGUCUCACAAUUAGAAAGACUUGAUUUGAGUUUUAAUCGCCUUAAAGGAUCAAUUCCGGAGUAUUUCUUUGAACUCCCAAAGCUGAUUGAGCUAUAUCUUUCUUCCAACUCCUUGGGUGGAAGGAUCCAUUUUGGAAGUACAAACCUCAGAGUAUUGAAAAUGGUUUCUUGUGGCUUGCAAAAUUUUCCGGAUCUUAGAAAUCAAUCCAACAUGAUGGAUUUAGAUCUUUCGGACAAUGAAAUUGGAGGGGAAAUACCAUCCUGGAUAUGGGAAGUGGGUAAUAGAAAUCUAAACAAUUUGAAUCUUUCUCACAAUUUCUUAGAUGGUUUAGAAAAUCCUCACACAAUUCCAAGUGGACUUUCAGUAUUGGACUUGCACUCAAAUCAACUGAAAGGCCAACUUCCCAAUCGAGAAGCAAGGUACCUUGAUUACUCAAACAAUUUUUUCAAUGGUUCCAUACCAUUUGAUCUUGGAAGUUAUGCUUCAGGUUCUUCUUUCUUGUCUCUUUCAAAUAAUAGCUUCACUGGGAUAAUUCCUGAAUCCAUAUGCAAUGCAAGCUAUCUGAUGGUUCUUGAUCUAUCCAACAAUAAGCUGAGUGGCAAUCUUCCAUCAUGUCUAUUCAACACUGUUGGGAAACUUAAAGUAUUAAACCUUGGGGAAAACCAAAUCAGUGGUAAGAUACCCAAUUCCUUCCCAAGGACCUGUGCUCUACAAUCAUUAGACCUCAGCAAGAAUUCCAUUCAUGGGAGAAUUCCAAAAUCUCUAAUAAAAUGUUCAUCAUUGGAAAUUCUGAAUGUUGGGAGCAACAAAAUUGUAGAUACGUUUCCAUGCCCACUAAAGAAGUUAUCAAGCCUGCGUGUCAUAGUCUUGGAAUCCAAUGGAUUCUAUGGUGAAUUUCAUUGUGCUAAUGCCAAUCAUAUGUGGCCAAAUCUUCAGAUUAUAGAUGUUGCUUCCAAUAAUUUCACUGGAGAACUCUCCCCAAAGUUGUUAAAUUGGAAAGGAAUGGCUAGUGAGGAAGAUCAUGCAGAGUCUAGGCGUAAGAUCAGCUCUGACUACUUGAAUUUUAGUGGUUACAAUUACCAAGUUAAGGUAACGCUAACUGUGAAGGGGAAGACGACGAAAUUUGUGAGAAUUCUCACAGUCUUGACAUCUAUUGAUUUCUCAUGCAAUAAUUUCCAUGGGAUUAUACCAGAUACAAUUGGAGGUCUCACUUCACUUUACUUUCUUAACCUAUCACACAAUUCUCUCACAGGGAAUAUCCCCAAAACAAUUGGAAAUCUGAAAGCUAUUGAGUCCCUAGACCUUUCAGCAAACCAACUAAAUGGAAAGAUCCCAGCAGAGCUUGCAAAACUCACAUUCCUUUCAGUCUUGAAUUUAUCAUUCAACAGACUUUCAGGUGUGAUUCCAACCGGCAAUCAACUUAAUACAUUUGGACCAGAUUCUUACCUGGGCAAUCAAGAUCUGCGCGGUUUUCCUCUCUCAAAAAGUUGCAAAUCACCACCAAGUUCCAGUGACGGGCAAUCUCAGAUAGAAUUUGGUGGUGGCCAAUCUGAGAUCAAAUGGGAAUACGUAACUUGUGCAUUGGGAUUUGCUCUGGGUUUAGGCAUGUAUUUGUGGAUGCUUUUGCAUAACAAGAGAUGCUGGGAAGCAUACCAAAAUCUUGACGAAGUUUUAAUAAGGCUAUUUGGUCCCCGACGACGAGGAAAACAAUCUCCCAGAACAGGGCGCAGAGUUCGCUGGAACUGAUGAUUCUGAUAACUCUAAGCUUCUGCAACCUUCAGGUAUGAAUGCUCAUAUCAGUGAUUAUGGUGGUGAUAACUCUCAUUGCGUGUAAAUUUUUUUUUUUUUUUUUUGUGUUAUUAUCAUUUGGACAAUAUUUAAGUGUAAUAACUUUUGAAGGUGUUGCAUGUUUUUGCUGUAU